AUGGCAUCUCAUGCUACUUUACCCCUUGAGCUUCGCCUCGAUAUCUACGAGAGAUGUCUCGCACAUUGCUUUGAUGCGCCUGGAAUCUGCAUGUUCCCUGGGAUGUCAUUUGACGAGAGUGACUUGAUCCAGUCGCACCUCCUCCACCUCCUGCGCAUCCUGCGCUGGCGUUUGUUUCGGGUGUCGUUUGGGUUUUCGCACCCGUUUUCGGAUGGUAUAGAGUACGUCCGAGAAGGAAAGGUCAAGCUACCAGUCCCUUCUGUCCUACAGGCUGAGUCGGGCGACGUUCGCUCUCAUCUCCUGAAGUGGCUCGCCAAGCACAGGGGCAUAAAACCGGGCAAGAGUGCACCAACUCUGAGAUUUCGUGAUCGAGCGUAUAUACCCGAGCACGACUUUCUUUACCUGGAAAGUCCCAGAAAGGUACAAGAGUUCUCUAAAAUUCUUGACCCGAAAGACCCCAGCAGCAUAUGCGGCAUCUUCGGGCCCAGAAUCCGCCGAAUCGCUCUGCCCGCGUCUAUCCGCCACACGGAAUCCCUGCCCCUCUUCCUCUUCCUCCAAAGGCUGGACACUCUCCCUGGUCUGAGAGAGUUGGCGUUCGCUUUCGUGGAGCUUGAUCACGGAGAGCUCAAAAUCAUCGACUCAGUUCCCAAGACGGACCCCGCUGCCUACACCCUUGAGCGACUUGGCGACGGCGACAUUCCGGACUACCGCAGGAAACUCAGCAGAUCGAUCGAGGGGCUCGAGACGUUCAUUCGGCCCAUGCUCGGGGGUCAUUCGAGGAACCUCAAGAUCACUGCAUGCAAGAUGAUACCCCGAUGUUAA